AUGAUGAGAUGUAAUAAUAUUUUUAAAUUAAUUUAAUCUCUCACUUGUUUUUUAGAAUACUCAACCUUAUAACAAAAAAUGAAAGAAGAAGAAAACUAAAUUAUCAAACAAGUAAAAUAACUCAUCAGCCAUUUAGGAGGAACAAUAAUUGUACAUUCAACCGUACCCGAUUCCAGUGCACUACACUUCCAUUCCCAACGAGAUCAAGCACUUCCACUCCACACUCUAAGUCUUGGCAGAAGAGAAUCAUCAUCUGCGCAAAUUACUCAGCCUCAACCAACAACACUAAUUAAUCAGUUUGACCAGAGAAUAACUCCACGAGGAAGUCUAUAAAAUGAUCGAUUUCCUCAUGAAACAUCUCAACUACCUAACCAAAGAAUAGAUCUUUGCUUAUUAAAAGACUUUUCGUUUUUGGACUUAAAAAAAGGCACUAAAAUCAAUCUUCUUUUAGAUUUUCACAAGAUACUUGCAAGUACGCAUCUAGCAUCAUCUAUCAAUAGGUUGUGAAGACAAGGGAAGAAAUGAUAAAGUUUAUUAUUCGUAAAAGUAUGAAGCAACAAAGAUAAACUCAGAGUAAGGAACAAAUAAAGGAGAAAAAAGUAAUCAAGAAAAUGAAUAAUGCAUUCGUCAAGCAAUUAUUCCAAAAUACUUCCUAUUAGUAAGAUUACUCAAACUUUCUAAGUAUUAAUAUAACAUCCGAUUUCAUUAGAUCAAUAUCUGCAAUUGGCAUUGAAUGAGAAUUAAUAGAAGAUUAGAAAAUAUGUAGUUUUCAUUAUGGAAAUGAUAGUAUCCGAUCAAAUUAAUGUACAUAUCCAUUAGUUAACCUCUCCUAGCAAGUCUUGAAUUACAAGAGAUUCCCUUGGCUCAACGACUGGAUUAAUCAAUCGGUUCAAAUAGCCUAAGAAUUACAAAAUCCUUAGAAUUAGGAGUCGAAAAAAAGAAAAAUUUGACUACUACUACCCUACCA